UUGAAGCAGGGCAGUGUUCGGUGUUCGCUCUCUAGGCAGAAGGGAGGGGUCCCCCUGCUCAACGGUUAGACUUUAGUAUCCAACUAUCACUAUCUAUUUUCCCAAGAUCUCGUGCCAGUGCCUCUGAAAAUCUUAGAAUCGGCUUAGAUUUUAUUUUUUUAAUUGAAAAAUCAGUGAACUCAGUGCCAGAAAAUUAGUACACGUGAUGGUUCAGUGCAUUCCUUCAGUCGUUAUGUGCAUCCGUUCUCAAUUUUCUCACACUAUUCCCCUCUCCCCACAUGUGGAAUUUCAGUGAAUUUUCUUCGCUUCUAAUGCUAACGCAUAAGAUGACAGUUUCACGAAUUUCCUGACCGGAAUAGAAAAUUGUGCAUUUUUGGAUUAUCUGGAGGAGACAAAUUUUGUAGAAAUCAAGAUGGCUGAAGACUCAAUGUUUCACCUACGCUGGAACAAUCACCUGCCAAACAUGCUCUCAGUAUUUAGGCAUCUGUUUGAAAGUCAAACGCUCACAGAUGUCACACUAUGGCUAGAUGGAGGAAAAUCUACUGUAAAAUGCCACAAAAUAAUUUUGGUCGCGAGCUCUUCCUUUUUCGAAGACAUUUUUUCUAGUUUGCCUCAAAAAACACAUCCUGAUAUCGUCCUGCCACAGGUGACGGUGUCUGACAUGAGGCCUAUUCUGGAUUUUAUUUAUCGUGGGGAAAUAAAUGUAGCAGCAGAGGAAUUGAAGAAUCUGCUUACACUAGCAAAUUUUUUAAAGGUAAAAGGACUCGUUACUGAGGGUAAUGUGGAGGAUUAUGAAAAAGAAAUCGAUGCUGUUAUUUCUCCAACUCCAGUGAUGGGCAAAAGUACAUCAAGUAGCACAGUCCGAAACAGCGAUCACACCUCUGUUCAACACUCCACUGGUGGCUCUUACGAGGUUGACGAAAAAGCUCAGCCAAAGUUGCAUAAUUUGCCAUUUUCCAAUCCACUUUGGGAAUACGCUGGCCAUCCCCUCGAUCCUGAAUCGAACUUCGAAUCAACAAAGAGCUCGAUAAAAGAGGAACCUUCAACCGGAGAAUCACCCAUAAUUCGGACUAUGUUGUGUCAGAAUCGACCGGAUUAUCCGGAGGGUGUACAAAUUCGGCGAUCGGAUAGUUGCGACCGACCCUACCGCUAUCACAGUAAUGAAUCAGCAAGCAUAAAACGGAGACAUAGUGCUGACUUUUUAAGAAUGGAUCACAAUCCUUAUGGGUCCAUCAUUAAGGAUGAGGACGAAAGCAGUUCACAAGGGCAAAGUCGACAUGCGCAUCAAGGUUCCACGAGACACAGUCCACUACAGAAAGCAGAGUGGAAAAAGUACAAACAGUAUACUAACGCUGAUCUACAACAAGCCUUGAAAGCGAUGGAAAUGGGAGUCUCUCCGGUAGCAGCAUCAAAGGAAUUCAAGGUUCCAUCGCGGACACUUUAUGACAAAGCAAAAAAACUUGGUAUAAAUAUGAAAAAAAUAAAAAGAAACAUCAACAACAGCAAUAAUAACAGCAGUAGCGCUGCAUUUCCAUAUGGAUUGGGUGGAAAUGCUAAUGGUCGCAUCUAUAGGAAUUUAUCAGAAAGUGAUUAUGAUGAACCAAGCGGUACUUUUACUCAACAUUCCUCAUCAUCACAAAAUUAUGCGACAGAUCAACCAUAUGAGAGUAUGACUAUCGAUGUAAGUGGAUCGAGUCGAAGUCCUGAAACUCGACCUGUGACACCUGAUGCCACCACUGAAGAUGCCGUGCAAGAUCUUUCGGUUAAGGGUAAAUGUGAUAAUGGGGGAGUUAUAAUAUCACCACCUAAGCGUGAGUUAAAAUAACAAUACUGUCGGGUUUCGUCUAUAAAUUAGGUGACCCAACGGCGAGGGUGGGAGCGAAGGGUCAAAAAAUAGCGCGACCUAAUUUAUCAACGAAACCUUGAGAGAAAAUAGUAGCUGAAGCUGAUAAUAAGAAUUUAUCAAAUAAAUGUUUCUGUAAUUUUGGGAUAUACAUAAUAUUUUAGUUAUGAUCAUUGUAAUCGAUGAAAAUAUUAUAUUACAGAUACAUGGCGUACAUAAAAUUUACAUACCUGUUAUGUAACUGUUUACGUAAGUGCUAUAUAACAAUUAUGAACAUCUUUUAUUUCCUAUCAUCAAGCUUCUGGGCUAUUUUCUCAGUGUAAAGCCGUACUUUCAACUUUACCUUUUCACAAUUAAAAAUGACGUAUGGGACUUCAAUCUCGAGCCUUUAUAAAAAUGAAUACUAAAAUGCAUCCCAUAAAACACAGGAAAAAGAGUGAUAUCACAGCUAUAUAAAAAAAAUUAUAUUUGUGUAAAUACGUUAUAUAACCGUUACAUUCAAUAUGUUAUGUAACCCUAAUGAAAAGUAUUUUGUAACUGGAAGAUAACCAGUAUGGAAAUUAUUUGAAUAUUUUCUUUUGUUUUAUGUAAGUGUUACAUAUUAGAUGCACAAAACAUUAAAAACAUAUUGGUUAUAUGUCAGUUAUAUAACUGCUUAAUAACUGUGAAAAUGGGGAGGUUGCAUUACAAUUUUGUAUUUUAAAAAACUCAAACAAGACUGAGAGUGCGUCUGCCUUUUAGAGACUGGUAUAUAGUUAUUUUACGUCCCUCUCGAGUACAUUAAUUUUUAUUUGCAAUUAUCUUUAUUGCUGAGAAACGGUGAUGAGACUUAAGAUCUAUACCAGACGAAAUAUUGUUUUUGAACGUGUUUCUUCACAGCAUUUAAUGCUCUUGAUAGGACGAUUAUUAUUAUAGAGAAAUGUAUAUUGUCUUGAAAAGUGCCGUUGCGACUGAGAUAUCGCUGUUAUGAUUUUUUAUUCCCCUGAUGAGAUAACAUCAGUUUAGAAAAAAUUGUAACAUUUAUGCAACUGUCAGGUAACGUUUAUAUAACACAUGUAACUAUUGUAUAACUUAUGUAACGGUUAAAUAAUCGUUAGCUAGCAGUUUUGUUACGUUUUACUAAACUGAGUGCUGAGAAAUCACACAGGGGAAUCAUAAGGUUACAUAUCGUUACCGAAUUUUUCUCCGGGAUACAGCUGCAAUAAUGCUCAACGACAUAUCUAGAAAUAGUUUUUCGCACAAAUAACUACCUCAAUUAAAGUACAAUGAACAAUCCUGUUCGUAAUCUUAAAGACUGAUAGAAACUGAAUUCAGAAAUAGAGAUCACUAUUUUGCUAAGGGAAUUAUCGUAGGCUAACGAGAAAUCGAAAAUGCAAAGUACAAAAUAACCGAAGAUUCCCUUGGUACCAUAUUUAGUAAUAUAAUAUCACGUUCAUCGCGCAUAUUCAUGCAUAUAUUCUUACAUUGAUGAAUAUAAAGAUAUAUUACAUUAUAAGAGAACGGAUUAAUACAUUAUGAAUCGGUAUCGAUGUAUAUUAAGUUUAAGAAAUAUGCAGUAAACAUUGUUACCUCUCUGUUACAUAACAGUUCCAAAAUGUGUUUACUAAGUAGUCAUUCUACUUUGUACGGUUGCCUUAUCGAUGCCGUCUAACGGUUAUGUAUUUUAUAAAUUUUCAGAGCAUUUUUUACUUUGGGAUAUGCAUAAUAAUUAGGUUAUAAUCAUUUUAAUCGAUGAAAAAAAUGUUCUUCGUAAAGUGUUGCAGGUUUUAGUAAAUGUUCUAAUAAAACCCGAAAUGUUAUAUAUCUGUUACGUAAUUGUAAUAAAACAGAAGCUCUACAUUGUUCCAACAGUAAUGAAAUGUUAAAGCACUGUUAUAGUAAGAUGUUACUUUUCUGCUACACAGAAUUUGCUGCCAAACAUACAAGUUACAUAAUAUUUAUAUAACGUUUUACAAGGGACUUUAAAUUGUACAAUCUGUAUAAUAGAUUCUGUGUAUGUAAUUGCACACGUGUGAUUUGAUUUCAAAACGAUUUUUCUUCAAUCAUUUUCAUACAAAUCACAGUUGAUUAAAGCUCUGUUUAUUGUGCUUUUUAUAUUGUUAGAUUAAGUGUAGCCAUAGAUGAUGGAUACCAUUAAAUAUGUGAAAACAUGAUUGAUGCCUUUUUAUCCAUAAUUAUUAGAAUUUUUUAUUUUAUGUCGCAGAGACAAUUGUAACCAAUAGUUGAUUAUAUUAGUGAAUGAGAGAUAAAAGUUUAAAGUGUUAAGUUGCUGUUAUGUAACCAUAAAACUUUAUUUUAACUAGUGACCUGGACAAAUUUUACGUCAUUUUUGGAAAAUUAACAAAUAUGUCGAAUAUUUGAAUGCUAUGAACUUUAACGCAAUAGUUACAUAGCAGUUACAUAAAAACUUUUAAUGAAUCUAGACGUAUCUCAGUGAUUAAGUUACCUUCAAUAAUGCCUUAGCAACUCAAGUAUAUUAUUUGUACUAUUAAGACUGAUUUUUUCAUUUUUUAGGUUUAUCACAAUUUUCCUUGUAGUUACAGGUAUAUUGUUUAAAUAGUAUGUCUAUGUACCUAAAGUAUAUGCAUAAUAAAUGUUUCUAUCGCAAAGCGAGUAAGGGUACCUUUUCACGGAGCAACAUUUUAGAGCUCAAAAAUUGAUUUCUAAACAUUAUCAAAACGUGAGUGUACUAUUUGAAACGAAUUUUGUAGCAUUCUUAAAUUUCCAGUUGUGUGAUACCAAUUCUAUUGUUCAAGUCUGUUAUCAAAUAAAAAAUUAUGAACGUA